ACUUUUAUCAUCGCCCUACAGUCUUUGACACAUUGUUGACUUUUGUUGUCGGUGAUGUUCCCUGUUUGCUCCCCUGCAUGCUGUCUUUCAACUCAUCUGCCUGGUCAUCCACCCAUCUGACUAACACCUUUUGGCUGCAGUGUGCAGAAGACACUAGAUGGAAGGAAUCACAUUGUAAGUUACAAUCUACCAGUGUUGGUCCUUGAACACAUAAUGCCCUGCCACCCGGACCCCCAGAUAAUACCCUGCCACCGGGAACGUUGGGUAAUGCCCUGGCACCUGGACCCUCGGGUAAUGCCCUGCCGCCGGGAACGUUGGGUAAUGCCCUGGCACCUGGACCCUCAGAUAAUACCCUUCCACCGGGAACGUUGGGUAAUGCCCUGGCACCUGGACCCUCGGGUAAUGCCCUGCCGCCGGGAACGUUGGGUAAUGCCCUGCCACCCGGACUCACAAAACUCAUGGUACUGUGUGGCACCAAGGUGCCGCGCUUCUUGGGGCCCAACGUGUACCCAGAGGCUCCCGAUGGAGGCUGGGGAUGGAUGGUGGCUGUGGCCUUCUUCGUGGUGGAGGUUUUCACCUACGGUACCAUCAAGAGCUUCGGCAUCUUCCUCCAGGACCUGAUGGAGGAGUUCGGGGAGACCAACAGUCGAGUCUCCUGGAUUGUCUCCAUCUGCGUCUUUGUCAUGGCCUUCAACGGUCCUCUCUCCUCUGUGUUGACGAGCCGCUUAGGCUUCCAACCCGUCGUCAUGAUUGGAGGAUUGCUCAUUUCCGUGGGUACCAUUGCCACCAGCUUCACCAGCUCCAUCAACCAAAUGUACCUGACCUAUGGUUUAGUUGCAGGUCUGGGCUACUGUCUGACCUUCUUGCCCACUGUGACCAUCCUUUCCCAGUACUUCUCACGUCGACGGUCUCUGGUCACAGCUGUAGCGUCCACAGGAGAGUCCCUGUCCAUGUUUGCCCUGGCGCCAGCCUUUUCUGCACUGAGGGACCAAAUUGGCUGGCGUCACACCAUGGUAGUGAUCGGAGCGAUGCAAAGCAGCAUCAUUAUCUGCGGUGUUUUGCUUCGGCCAAUCAUUAUUCAGCCCGGAGUAUCACACAAGAAAGAGACUGACGGAGCAGCCCCAAAGGAACUGGAAGUCCUCAGCGUACAGGAGACCGCGGAGGGCACAAACCCAGAGGACUCUAUAACAAACAAGAUCUCACAUGCAACAAGUGCUUCAUACAGUCUGGACAAGAAGUUGACAGGGGGCUCCGUAAGCACCGGAGACUCCGGUGUACAUUGUUUUGAUUCUCUAUUUGGUGGAGAUAACGUCAGCGCAGAGGAGAAGACUUUACUGAACAAAGACGCAGGGUCAGACACAGAGAAGGAAAAUGUGGAGAACAGUGAAGCGGGGAUUAAAGAAGCUGAGGAGGAGAAAGACUACAGAGAUCCUGAGAAACAAAGGAUGAAAGAUGAGGAAGAUGAAUCAGGAGGAGAAAAGCCACCUCCAAAGAAUUCAAAACUUAUAGAUUUCUCCAUCCUCAGAGAGUGCAACUUCAUUCUCUACUGUCUGUUCGGGCUGUUUGCGACGCUGGGCUUCUUCGCCCCUCAGCUCUACAUCAUCGAGCUGAGCGUGAGUCGGGGCGUGGAGCGGGACCGCGCCGCCUACAUGCUCUCCACCAUGGCUGUGGCUGAAAUCUUGGGCCGAUUCGCCAUUGGGUGGAUCCUGACGCGAGAGCAGUUCAAGAAGAGGAAGCUGCUUGUUCUUUUGCUGUGUGUCAUUAUAAUGACAGCAGAUCUGGUGGGAUUUACUUUGGUCACGGAGUUCUACGGGCUGGCUGUGUGCUGUGCUUUGUACGGUUUCUUUAUGGGGACGCUAGCUUGCACCCACAUCCCCAUACUGGCUGAGGAUGAUGUCGUCGGCAUAGAGAGGAUGUCUUCGGCUGCCGGUGUCUACGUGUUCAUACAAAGCUUCGCCGGGCUCGCGGGACCCCCACUUGGAGGUGUGCUGGUGGAUGUGACUGACAACUACGGCUCGGCCUUCUACUCGUGUGCAGCCGGCAUGGCGCUGAGUUCCGUGUUCCUCGGUUUGGUAAAACCUGCUAAGAGAGGAUUCCUCUGUAGGAAGAGGACCUCAAAACAGCUUGAAGACGCAUGUGCACGUGAAGAGGAGUCAGGGGAACAGAGCGAAGAGCAUAAACGGGACAGAACUGACAGCCCUCAGGACUGCUCUGAAGCGGGGGCCAACCCUGACCACAAGGGGGCCACAGGAGACGUCCAGGAGGUUAUACAAUUUGCUUGAGCCAAUAACGGAUGAUGAGGAUAAUUAAAGGGUCAAGCCAUAUUGGAAUAAAAGGCUGUUUAAAGACUACUACUGCCAGAGUGCUGAAGUGACAUGAAUUAAAUUAGCUUCAAGUCAGUAUGAUUUUGAUACCGUCUUGUUUUAAUGGAUGAAGGUGUGAAAUAUUUCUGAAAGUCAUGGACCUGUCCUGAAUGGACCAUGACAGGUGCUUUUAGUUUUAGAUUUUCCAGAGAGAAGAUGCAGCGAUUUUAAACACUAAUAAACGAAUCACCUGCUGGUAAUCGAUACCCUGAGGAACGCCAGAAAAACUUUGAAGCGAAUGUAGCUGCAAGGAACAAUGGGUUGCACAGAAAAUGCAUAAAGCUCAGGAGUAUGUGAUUAAAAGUUUAUUUUUUUAAUCAAACUGUCACCAAGCUUACAAUGCACUGUUGUCAUUUGCUGUGUCCGACACAAACUAUUUUUGUAAUGACGAGUUCAAUCACAAUAAUGAAACAGUCGUUUGAGCCUGUGAGAUGUGUGUAGUUUUUUUAAACUUUUACCUUGAAAAUACUGUUCUUGUGUAUGUGACAUUUUCACUGCAAAAAUGUGAUAAAGAUCUGUUGCACGACAA